AAGAAAAAGAAAAAAAGGGGAGUGGAUUCAGUUAUGAUGAGAAAGGUAAGGUAUGACCGUUAGUUAGCCUUUGAUGAAUGAAAGAACAAGUAACAGAACUAAACUCUGAGAAGGCGUUGAUCAUCGAUCAUCAUCAUGAAUACGAUUUUAGCUAGAUCCCUUAUCAUAUAAGAAACCUCAGUGCAUGCAAUGCAUUAUUACAAAUUCCCAAUCAUGCAUUCAUCAAUCUUUACCAAUUAUCCUCUCAUUUCCUCCAUCGUUGCUUUCUUCAUUGCUCAAUCCAUCAAGUUUUUCACCACUUGGUACAAGGAAAGAAGAUGGGAUGUGAAGCAAUUUGUUGGGUCUGGUGGAAUGCCAUCUUCUCAUUCAGCAACUGUCACUGCUCUCACUGCUUCCGUUGGCUUCCAAGAAGGAUUUGGAGGACCUCUUUUUGCCACCGCCUUGGUUUUAGCUCUUAUUGUGAUGUAUGAUGCCACCGGUGUAAGAUUGCAGGCAGGACGCCAAGCAGAGGUUUCAUUCAUGUCUAUUUCUUCUUUCUUAUUUAUUGGACACACACCCCCUCAGGUCAUGGCCGGUGGGUUACUUGGAAUAUUAACUGCAGUAAUUGGUCACCUAAUAACCGUGGCUAGUAGUUAAAAUUCAGGUCAUGCCAUAGUAUAGAAAUGGAAACGCUACUCUCUAGUCUUAAACCGUCUUCACUCAAAAACAAGUCACCAUUUUCAUACACUUGACAUAUUACAGUAUUUUCAUGUAAUGGAAAUAUCUGUUAUGGAGCCAUUUUUUUUUUAACUUCUCUUCUAUUUAGUGUGUUAUGUUUCAUAAAUUUACAAUGGAACUUUGUGCUUACCUUGAUUAAGAUUAAGUAGUCCCUCUUGUAUUCCACUCUGGUUACUUUGAUUAAAGACAGAAUGUAGUUGUUUGCUUCUCCACAAAACUCAUUUCAGUAUUUUGUGGUUAAGAAAAUGUGAAAUUUGGAUA